GUCGAAAUAUUGCAUACUUGAUUGGUUUAUGUGACUUGGAGGCGCUCAGGCACACACAAAUCUCGGCAGGCAGAACCAGUACCAACCCACCAUCCACCACUUCCUAAUAACGAUUAGCGUGUCUUCUUCCCGGUCGGCGUAUCUCUUUAACGCGACCACCGCAUUAAUUGCCCCUCCACACUUGAUCAUCAUUUACCAUUGCUAUCCCCGUUUCUUAGGGAAUUUUUCUUUAGUUGAGAACUUUCCAGAACACCAGAUCAUUACUGGGAGCAUGUCUCACAGACUCUUUAUCCUUGUCUACAGAGGCGAUCCCCUCGAUUACAGCGAAUACCGACACACGGCUCUAUAUGUGCAAUUCGCAUCACAAAAACGCAGUAUCCUUCAUAUUCUAGGCACCCAGGGUCUCUACAGAUAUGUGGAAUACCCUGGGGCUGAUCCGAUGGAACUUGGGGAUUUGGUGCGUGCGGUGCCGGUGACGGAUUUGUCGGUCUCCGUUGAGGAAGAUGAAAUUCGGGAGACGGUGGCACGAACGCCGGUGCGCAAUGGGUAUUUGGAUUUGGAGUGGAACUGCCAGCACUGGGUGGGGGAUGCCUUGGCCAGAUUGGUGGACAGAGGUUGGGUCGCAGACACGGAGCGGGCGGAUGCAAUCGAUAAGAUGACCGACGCUUGCUUAGAGGCCCGUGAUGACCAGCUGCUGGAUGCUCAGUGAUCGGGUUUGUUACUUUUUUUUCAACAAUGAAGGUAUGUAUGCGUAUCUCCUUGCUCGCUCAUUACUCAUGAGAAGUCGAUUAAUUCUCCUAGGUUCCCAUCAGUGGUCAUUCUCGAGGUGGAAAGUGAUCUCACGCCUUGGUGGCUGGGAGUGAGAUCGGUUGUUGAGACUGCGUUGCUGCAGUGUGGGGUAGCACCG